UUCGGAGAUAAUUUUUUUUAUGGUGGUGAUGGAUUGGGUUGUAUUCCUCUGAGAGCGAGUGUUUCUCUUCUUUUAAUUUUCGAUCGUGUUUUGAGAAAUUCGAUCCGUCGCGAAAGGACGAACGGUCGACGAGCGAGUCAAAAGUUGUUGUUGUUGUUGUUGCUGUUAUUGAAGAAAGUUGUAUACCUCGUUUUCGUCGUAUCUCUCGUGGAAAAAUUUAAAAAUGAAUCCGUCGUUUUGCUUUCCAUCCAUCCCGAUAUAUCGUUCGAUAAUAAUCGAGGAAUAAUCGAGGGGGCGGGGAAGGAAGAAAUAUACAUCAUCGCGGUUUGAUGAAGUCAAUUACUCCUUUGAAUACUUCAUCUUUUUUAAUUGUCGAAAUAGUGAGUUUGAUACGAUGCGGUCACGCGUGUGCGUAUACGUGUACGUAUGUGUGUGUGUGUGUGUUCAGUUUCAAUUUAUCGAGUAAGAUGAGUUAUGUAAAGUCAUUUGAAUGACGAAGGUUACCUUUAAAUUAUUCUUUAGGUGUAUUUUUAACAGCGGUAAUAUCAGUCUGUAGAAAAGAAAAAGGCUCGAACUUUCUACAAAUUAGAUUUGUUAAAAAAACGAAUGGAACGGUAGAAAUAAUUGGCCCACGUCCAAAUAUAUGUACCACGUUCAGAUACGACGAUAAUUAUAUACGCGACUCGACUGGAUUUAAUCGGGAGACGUCUCGACUGACGAUGACGAUGUUUGUGAUGGACGACACCUCGGACGGGCGCAAUGGGACGAAUGCGUGGCACCAGGAGGACGUCGUUUCGUCGGAAUACAACGUGACGACGACGGCGAGCGGAGCGGCCAGCAAGACGAGCCACUUCGAGACCGAUUUGCACGGGAACGUUAACAUCCUUCUAGGCGGGGCGAUGCUGAGCGGGGUUAUUAUGGUUGUCCUCCUCAUGUGCUACUGCUGUCACAAGAGCAUUCGAAAGAAUCGGCCGCAAGAGUACCCGCAAUACUGGAGAACGGAACCAGACGCGCACAGCCUCGAGGUGUUCACCACGGAAGCGCAUGCCGCCUGCUGCGAGAGGCAACAACAACAACAACAACAACAACAACAAUCGGCGACGACCGAUGGAAACCGGGACGAGAGCGCAUACGACGCUUUAUCCUGCCCCGUAACCCCGAUUUCCGGCCCCGGCCCGCCCCCAACUUACGACAGCCUGAUCUUCGAUCCGAAAAGCCUGGCCACCGCCACCUUCUCGAUGGAGAAGAAGCGCGAGGGUGGAGAGACACCCGGGGCCAUCGUUCCCCCGAUGGUGUCCACGUUAUUGGGGCUGAGCGCGAGAUCGGGCCUGGAGCCGAGUAACGAGGCCGUCGAACAGCAAGCAUCGGACGAGGGAUUGCCUUCCUACGAGGCCGCCUUAAAAUUGGACGCGAACGGUUACGUGUGACCGUGCGACCGGCCCACGUGUGAAAUCCCAGACGAUUUUUCGACGAUUGUGUUCCUUAACGUUGUGUUCCUUUCCACGAGGGAGGGGGGAAGCGAGACGAAGAGCGAAGGGACGACGAGGAAUUGGAUGGAAGAAAGAAACGGGAUUGGAAAUUAGAUCCAUAACGUCUUUCUUUAGGCUUUUAGAACGGAGAGAAAGUUGAAGAUCUUAGCUUUGAUUAAUUAACGCGAGCUUAGGAAAAAAUUAUUUCCCCGAUUCCCGUAGGUUUAGAGAGAGAGAGAGAGAGAGAGAGAGAGAGAGAGAGAGAGAGAGAGAGAGAGAGAGAGAGAGAGAGAGAGAGAGAGAGAGAGAGAGAGAGAGCGAGCGAGCGUGGUUUCGAUGGACGUGGAUAAUAAAAUAUUGGUCCGCUUCUAAUGUUAAAAGACGCUUGGUUCUUAGAAAGAAAUAAGAUCCCUGACCCGUCGAUUCCCGAUUCUAUCGAUACGAAUCGUAGGGCGAACAAACGAAAAAAAAAAAAAAAAACGAGAGCGAACGAAACGAAGGAAAAUCCGCGAAGCGAUUUAUGUCUCGUCUCGUUGUAUAGAUUACUUUCGAGUUUCGCGUAACGUAAUAAUAAUAAACUUGUGUAUAAUAACUUGAGUUAAACUGAAUAAACACCGGGGGAAUAAUAAUAAUGAUAAUAUAACGCGAGUUAUGUUAGCUCGCUAAUCUUCUUAAAGAUCCGCAGAAUUGAUCCUAAAAAUAUACACAAAGCUUCGAAACGUUACUUCGAGCGAAUCAAUCGAUGUAAAUUCGUAUAAAUAAAGGGGACGGUGUUACGACAGAAUUAUUAUUCUGUCCCCCGAAGAGAAAGAUUCUAAUCCGAUUCUAAUCAUUUAAAUAAAAAAAAAGAAAACAAAAUGCAAAGUCGAGAAAUCGAUCGUCUUAUCCUUCACCAGGCGAAGGCCACUUUAGCAGUCCUCAAAUCAUAUCGUUGAUCAGCUUAAAGACCACUUUAAGGCGGGCAUGAAUUACGCCUUCGUUUAUGGUUCGUUCGCUGGAGCUGAUCGAGUGUCGCGAAUUCGUCUACGCCGUUACUCCACGCGAUUCGACUUCGACUCCUCCUCGGAGUGCGCGUGCGCGCGCAACCAGCGAAUAUUUCCCAUCGUUGCGCGACGAAAAAUCGCUAUUGAACGGGCGACAAUUUUUCGACCGAGACGGCGAUCGAUGAAGGUAUCAAGAGGUAAUUUUUCGUGUACGGGAGAGGGGAAAAAAAAAAAGAAAAAGAAAAAAGAAAAAAGAGCUUCGAUCGAGAUAAAGCGGAAGGUAAUAGAACGAUUCGGUUUUUUAACUCUUCUUGGAGAAAUGGAACGCAUCGAUUCUACUCGGCUCGGAUUCGAAUAAUUUACUCUCAAGGCUGUUUGCGAAUUAAUUGUAACGAUUUGUUUUCUGAAAGAGAGAGAGAGAGAGAGAAAGAGUUAAUAAAGCGAACUUUUACUUAAUUAUCGGAUAUCUUAAUGAUAACGAGUGUGUUACAAAACACAUUCGUCUGGUGGAAACAAAAGGGA